GUCAAAAACAUGAGAAUGUCUUUUGACUGGACACAAGUAAUGGACAUUUAUGUUUUGUAAAUAAAUUUGUGAAUGUGUUACCUUCACAUAGGAAUACUCUAACACAACACUAAUAUUACAAGCUUGUCUUUAGUGGCGAUAAAUAGAUUUAAAAAACAUCACAAUCAUGUCCAACACUGCAAAUACUAUUGGAGAUGUGAAAAAGAGUGAAAACAUCCACACUCUUCCUCCAGACCAUCGCUUUGUUGAGCCACAAAAAGCUGUUAAAUCCAUUACAGAUAUGACCAUUUGGGAAAAGUCUGAGGCGUACAUGGAAUAUACCGGAUUUGUUGCUACACUGAAUGAGUCUAUAAAAGGAAAACCAUUAACAGUUGAUUGCAAAGUAUCAGAUAAUGUUAAAAAAAUUAUAAACAUGUUGGAUAAAAUUGAUAGAAUAAUUGAUGAGUUCCCUCCAGUGGAACAACCUCAAAGAUUUGGUAAUGCUGCAUUCAGAGAAUGGUUUGAAAAUGUAAAGACUAAUUCCACACAGUUACUUCAAGAAGCAUUACAGCCAGAACUACAUUUGGCGAUACCUGAAAUAAAAGUUUACUUACAGGAAAGCUUUGGGAAUGCUACAAGAAUUGACUAUGGUACAGGCCACGAGAUGGCAUUUGUCAUGUUCUUAUGUUGUUUGUAUAAAAUUGGUUUUUUACAGCUAGAAGAUAAUGUGGCAACUGUUCUUAUAAUUUUUAAUAAAUAUUUGAACAUCGCUAGGAGAUUGCAGAAAACAUACCGAAUGGAGCCAGCUGGAAGUCAUGGUGUUUGGAGCCUGGACGACUAUCAGUUUAUACCAUUUAUUUGGGGUAGUUCACAGUUGAUAGAUCAACCCAAAAUUUACCCUCCAGCUAAAUUCCUAGAUGAUGAAAUAGUUGAUAAAUAUGCCAAUGAAUACAUGUUUUUGUCAUGCAUCAAAUAUAUAAAAGAAGUGAAAAAAGGACCCUUUGCAGAACACUCAAAUCAGUUGUGGAGCAUUAGUGCAGUUGGUUCUUGGAUGAAAAUUAAUCAAGGUCUUAUUAAAAUGUAUAAGAAAGAAGUAUUAGCAAAAUUCCCUGUAAUUCAACAUGUCCUCUUUGGUUCACUGCUGCCGAUCAGAAGGUUCCCGAUAAUUGAUUAAAUAAGUGAUAAUCGUGAGAUACGAGUUGAAAUAAAAACUCUUGUUAUGGAAGAAUCAGUAUUAAAAUGAGGAUUUCUAUGUGAAAGAAAAGAAUUUUGCAAUUAAAAGAAAUGUGGAAAAAAAUAAAACAUAUCUAUCAAAUAUGAUUGUUGCCUAGAAGCAAAGAGCAUGAUCGGAAUGAUGGGAAAUCAUAUUGUUUGAUUGAAAAUUUAAUUAAAUUUCACUGUAGAGUUUUCUUCUUUAUUUAGGCUUAUUCUGAUUUCAGUGAAGUUUUAUACACAGAAAUUAGUAAAGUUUAAAUUAUUUAAAUUAUAUCCAAUUAUAUUUUAGUAGAUUAAAUUACUAAAGUACAUACUACUAAAAUACUGUUAGUUAUAUUUGCUGUGCUGUUGUAAUAAAUACGCAUUGAAGCCUUUGCAAUAGUAACCAGUUUUGAUGAACUAUAUAAUAAACUAAGCACCUGCUUGCAAAUUUGUCUGUUUAAAAGUAUGUUUAUUUAUUUUAUGAAAUAAAGGCAAUUAGUACAUACAUAUGUACUAUGUAAAAAACAA